AUUAAUAUUCUGAUAGUCCACGACAUGAUCAGAGACGAAGAGAAAUAGCUAAAGACAUCCUGAAACAUUUGCUUUAGGUGAACGCUGCUGUGUGUGUGUGUGUGUGUGUGUGUGUGUGUGUGUGUUACAUACAAAAUAGUUUAAUGAAAACGGAGUGCUGUAAACAAAGUGUUUAAAGUCCUUCGAAGAUGUCGGAACCUCUGAAUCCACCAGAGAGCGUCUACCACCUGAUUCCGAAGGAAGAGGUUCCUUCUCAAAAAGCGCAGAGGUAUACGUCCAAGUACAGACCGACAGUUCUUCUUGAGGAAAAGGCAACCAAGGAUGCAAUGAGGACGAUGGGACCUGCAAAAGUAGAAGUCCCCUCCCCAGAGAGAUACCUCAAGAAGCGUUCAAAAGAGCCCAAAUUACACGAAAAGACACAGGGUUCAAAAGAGGCUCGUCACACCUCCACCGUGAGGAAACCUGCCGUUCCUGCGAGGACAGACAAGCCCACGAUGGGCAUUCGCACCAAGAGAGACUUCAUAAAGACAGCUACAGCGGCGCCAAUGAAGCCGCGGCCUGCCUGUGUGGACACCCGGGGGGGGCACAAGCAGCUCCUUGAGAACUCAGGACUGGUCCCCAAAUACAUCAAGAAGAAGCAUUACGGAGAAGUGCCCCAGUACCUGCAGCGGCUCCAUGAAGAGGAGAUGAGAGCUCAGGAGAAGUACGACGCCCUAGUGAAGGAACAGAGGGAGAAGAGAGCCAUGAAGCACCUGACUGAGGAGGAGCGAGGAGCCGCCCUCGAGGGUCUGAAGAAGUCUUGGGAUGAGCUGCACCAGGAGUACCAGGGCCUCUCAUUCGUCGCCGACAACGAGUCCAAGAAGUCCCACAGGCUUCAGCUGGAAGUGUCGAUGAAGCAGCUGGAGGACGACAUCCAGCUCUUUGAGAGGUUCAAAACCAUCUACAUACCUGGGAAAUAAAGUGCUGGAUUCAAUCAGAUGUGCCGUGUGUCUUGAGACCGCCAAUCGAAUGUCACAUGAGCGCGAGAAAAGGAGAAUUACACUCGUAUGUUCUCUCUGUCACAUGAACAAUGAAGCAAAGAUAGAACUCUACAGCCCAGUGAACCGCAAAUUUAGGAAUUAUUCCUGUAAUGAAUUAAUUUUUAACUGGUUUAUUAGUCUUAAGAUAUUUCACAGUGGACUAUUGCUGUCUUUAGAUUGACCACUAUUGUAUUAUUGUACUCUUUCUUAUUUUAAAGGAAAAAGUGUGACUCCAUUCAUCUUAGAGAUCAUUCAUAUUAAAUGGCAGAUAAUUGAAAACAA